CCGAGGGAGGCCGGGCGCUGGAAUGCAGUCUUCCCGGGCGAGGGAGACUUCGCACCGCACUGCAGACUAGCUGGGGUGGGGUUUCGCCGGUCCCCUCCGCCCCACCCCCGGGCCCCCUUCCAAGCGCUCUCUGCGAGCUUUCGGAACUGCGCUCUGAAGUUUCCAGAGCGAGGAGCCUGGGCGGCCGGCAGGGACAAUGGAAGAAAGCGAAGGCCAGAAAUGUGAGCCGAACCUGCCUCCCUCCGCAGACAGCAGACAGAUGCCCCAGCAAGGGAAAGGCAGCCUUCAGGUAACAUCGCUGGAGGAUGCGGCAUGCCGCAGGCCGAAGGAACGCCUAUCUAAUGGAAGCACCCGGGCUCAGGUGUCCAAGCCUGCCCGAAAUAUCCCGAGGAGACACACUCUAGGUGGGCCUCGAAGUUCCAAAGAGAUCCUGGGAAUGCAAACGUCGGAGAUGGACAGGAAGAGAGAGGCAUUCCUAGAGCAUCUAAAGCUGAAGUACCCCCACCAUGCCACAGCAAUCAUGGGCCACCAGGAGAGGCUGAGGGACCAGACAAAAAGCCCCAAGCUGUCCCACAGUCCUCAACCUCCCAAUUUGGGGGAUCCGGUUGAACAUUUAUCAGAGACAUCUGGUGACUCUUUGGAAGCCAUGUCUGAGAGCGAUGUACCAAGUCCUUUCUCCAGAGGAAGUCGGACGAGAGCAAGCCUUCCUGUGGUGAGGUCGACCAACCAAACAAAGGAAAGAUCCCUGGGUGUUCUCUAUCUCCAAUAUGGGGAUGAAACCAAACAGCUGCGGAUGCCGAAUGAAAUCACAAGCGCAGACACGAUCCGCGCACUCUUUGUAAGUGCCUUUCCACAGCAGCUCACCAUGAAAAUGCUGGAGUCACCCAGUGUUGCCAUCUACAUCAAAGACGAAAGCAGAAAUGUCUAUUAUGAGUUGAAUGAUGUGAGGAAUAUCCAAGACAGAUCUCUUCUCAAAGUGUACAACAAGGACCCUUCACAUGCAUUUAACCACAUGGUGAAAGCCGUGAAUGGAGACCUGAGGAUGCAGAGAGAAAUUGUUUAUGCAAGAGGAGAUGGCCUUGUCACCCCCCGACCAGGAUCCACAGCUCACCCACCCCAUGCAAUUCCAAACUCCCCACCAUCCACUCCAGUGCCCCAUUCCUUGCCUCCCUCUCCAUCCAGAAUUCCUUAUGGGGGCAGCCGCCCCGUGGCUGUUCCUGGCAAUGCCACCAUCCCCAGGGACAGACUCUCGAGCCUGCCAGUCUCUAGAUCCAUCUCACCAAGCCCCAGCGCGAUUUUAGAAAGAAGAGACGUCAAGCCGGAUGAAGACAUGAGCAGCAAAAACCUGGUUAUGUUCAGAAAUGAGGGCUUCUAUGCUGACCCUUACCUGUAUCACGAGGGACGCAUGAGCAUAGCCUCUUCCCAUGGAGGCCACCCUUUGGAUGUCCCGGAUCAUGUCAUCGCAUUUCACCGCACUGCAAUCCGGUCAGCAAGUGCUUACUGUAACCCCCCACUGCAAGCAGAAAUGCAUAUGGAACAGUCAUUAUACAGACAAAAGUCAAGGAAAUAUCCUGACAGCCAUUUGCCUACCUUGGGCUCCAAAACACCCCCGGCCUCUCCGCACCGGGUAGGUGAUCUGAGAAUGAUAGACAUGCACCCUCAUCUUAACGCACAUGGACCCCCUCACACCCUGCAGCCAGACCGGGCCUCACCUAGUCGCCAGUCCUUCAAAAAGGAGCCUGGCACCCUAGUGUAUAUUGAAAAGCCUCGGAACACUCCAGGAUUAUCCAGCCUUGUAGACCUGGGGCCUCCUCUAGUUGAGAAGCAAGUUUUUGCUUACAGCACUGCUACGAUCCCCAAAGACAGAGAAACCAGAGAGAGGAUGCAAGCCAUGGAGAAGCAGAUUGCUAGUCUAACUGGCCUUGUUCAGUCUGCGCUUUUUAAAGGGCCCAUUACAAGUAGUAGCAAAGAGGCAUCUAGUGAGAAAAUGAUGAAAGCCACAGCCAACAGAAACCAAGCAGAUGGUGCAGGAACAGCCCAUGUUUCUACUGGGAAGAGUCUGGGCACUUUGGGGUCCCCACUGCCUCCCAGCCAACCCCUGCCUGCCGGUACCUCGUCCAUCCACACGAGCCUGCUUGACAUGAGGCGGAAUGUGGCUGAACUCAGGCUCCAGCUCCAGCAAAUGAGGCAGCUCCAGCUGCAGAACCAAGAGAUUCUGAGGGCGAUGAUGAAGAAGGCUGAGCUAGAGAUCAGUAGCAAAGUGAGAGAGUCAAUGAAGAGACUGGAGGAUCCGGUGCAACGCCAGCGCACCCUGGUGGAGCAAGAGAGACAGAAGUACCUUCAGGAAGAAGAGACUAUCGUCAAAAAGUUACAUGAACUGGAGGACUUUGUUGAGGACUUGAAGAAGGACUCUUCCUCUGCUGGCCGCGUGGUGACUCUGAAAGAUGUAGAGGACGGGGCUUUCCUCCUUCGACAAGUGGGAGAAGCUGUAGCCACUCUCAAAGGAGAAUUUCCAACCCUGCAAAAUAAGAUGCGUGCUGUUCUACGCAUAGAAGUUGAGGCAGUGAGGUUCCUGAAGGAAGAGCCACACAAGCUGGACAGUCUCCUGAAGCGUGUGCGGAGCAUAACGGAUGUCCUGACAUUGUUGCGGAGGCAUGUCACUGAUGGGCUCCUGAAAGGCUCAGAUGCAGCCCAGGCCGCACAGUAUGUGGCCAUGGAGAAAGCCAUGGCUGCAGAGGUCCUGAAGCAUCAGGAAGAGACAGCCCACUCAACUGGGCAGCCCCUCCACAGUAGCACUGGAAGCCCUGGUGAUGUGAAGUCAGAAGUGGUGCCCCUCUCCACCAUGCUGGUUCACCAUGUCCAGAGCCCACCUGUCCUCAUGCAGCCCUCCCAGCACUCCUCAGCCUUGCUGAACCCAGCCCAAAACUUGCCCGGAGGGAGCAGUCCCCACACGGUCAGCUCUCCAGCAGGCACACAGGACGUCACCUCUGCACCUCCCUCGGCUGUGGUCCCCCAGUCCUCCCCCACCACAGUGAAUGGCUCUUCCAUGCAGAGCUUGUUCAUUGAGGAGAUCCACAGUGUGAGUGCCAAGAACAGGGCAGUGUCCAUUGAGAAAGCAGAAAGGAAAUGGGAAGAAAAAAGGCAAAAUCUGGAGCACUAUAACGGGAAAGAAUUUGAGAAGCUGCUGGAAGAGGCUCAGGCCAACAUCAUGAAGUCAAUUCCAAACCUGGAGAUGCCGCCAGCCUCUGGCGCAGUGCCGAAGGGAGAGGCUACAGUGGACAAGCUGGAGCUGUCAGAAGAUUCUCCAAAUUCAGAGCAGGAAUUGGACAAGCUAGGGGGAAAGUCACCCCCUCCUCCACCUCCACCUCCUCGGAGAAGCUACCUUCCUGGGUCAGGACUUACCACCACGAGGUCUGGCGAUGUGGUCUACACUGGCAGAAAGGAGAGCAUGUCUAAGGUGAGCAGUGAAGACCCUGGACCAACCCCACAGACUAGAGCCACAAAAUGUCCCCCAGAAGAGCCUGCCUCAUCCUGGACCCCAUCUCCACCACCAGUCCCUGCCUCUUCCUCCAAGGAUGAGGAGGAAGAAGAAGAAGGAGACAAAAUCAUGGCCGAACUUCAGGCAUUCCAGAAGUAUUCCCCUAUGGAUGUAAAUCCAUACAGUCAUGCUGAGCAGUCCCGAGCUGACAGCCACCUUAAAGACACUAGGCCAGGCGCCACAGUCCCACUCAAGGAGAAGAAGAAUUUGGAAUUUUUCCAUGAAGAUGUACGAAAAUCUGAUGUUGAAUGUGAAAAUGGCCCACAAGUGGAACCUCAAAAGGUUGCUACAGGGGCUCUGAGACCUAGUGGCCCUCCCAAGUGCGAAAGAGCAAUGGUGAAUAGUAUGUCUGGCCCAGCGAGAACAGCAGAAUGUAGAGCUGACAUCUUCUCGGAGGAAAAUCCCACACCUGAUAAGAAUUUAUUCCGAGACAGUAGGAAUUAUUCCCAGAAAAAUGUGCCUAAGGUCAAUUUUAAUUUUACUGGCAUGAACUCAUUAGAAGGUGAAAUCAAUAAAGGGCCUAAGGUUUCUGAACUUCAGUGUGCUAUUCCUGACACUGAGAAACAGAAGUUGAAUUAUGGAAAGACAAAAGAGAUAGGCCAACAAGGACAAGAAAAUACAGAUAAUAGUCACAUUCUUCCCCCAACUCAGUCAGCAGAAUCAAGUAUUCAUGAUGUCAAAACACAAGAUCAAGAUGUCCUCAUGACAGAUUACGGCCAAGUUGUCCUGAGAUCCAAGGUGGGUAGGCACGCUAACAUGAACACUAAUGAGGAUGGAGAAUCAACUCCGAGUCCUCCCAGUGAGGAACACACAGCUCCUGAUAACAUCGCCUUUAUGAUUACCAAAACUGCUGUACAGGUUCUGUCCAGCGGGGAGGUCCAUGACAUAGUGAGCCAAAAGGGACAAGAGGUACAGACAGUCAAUAUUGAUGCAAGAAAACAGACAGCCACUCAGCAAGAAGGGGUUGACAGUGAAGAGCCAGUCGUGUGUCUAGACAAGAAGCCAGUUAUCAUCAUUUUUGAUGAGCCCAUGGACAUCCGAUCUGCAUAUAAGAGACUUUCAACCAUCUUUGAGGAAUGUGAUGAGGAAUUGGAGAGAAUGAUGACAGAGGAAAAGAUAGAGGAGGAAGAAGAGGAUGAAAAUGGAGAGACUGGAGUCCAGACCUCUUCCCAAAUUUCCAUUAAGCAGAUUGACUCGGGAAGUGGUAGGAUGGGACAAAAGGCACCGUCACAGCUCCACUCGCUGUCAGCAGAGUCACAGACUCCAGGAGGAAGACAGGAAGUUCAUAAAGCUGAGCAGAGAAAGCUUAGCUCAGCAGAUUCUCCAAACCUGGGAAACAAGUGUGACAUGGCUGAUGACCAGUUUGAAAGCCCCAAGAAAAAGUUUAAGUUCAAAUUCCCCAAAAAGCAGCUUGCUGCUCUUACUCAGGCAAUCCGCACAGGAACCAAAACAGGAAAGAAAACCCUGCAGGUGGUGGUCUAUGAGGAAGAAGAAGAAGAUGGUACUUUGAAACAGCACAAAGAGGCCAAGCGGUUUGAAAUCACCAGGUCCCAGCCUGAAGAUGCCUUCAAAACCGUGGCUAGGAGGCAAGAGCAGCUCAGCCUUGAGGGCACAGCUCCACCUUCAAGGACUGAUGAAAUUAGGAAAAAUACUUACAGAACACUGGACAGCCUGGAACAGACCAUAAAGCAACUUGAAAAUACAAUCAGUGAAAUGAGCCCCAGGGCCCUAGUUGAUAUCCCAUGUUCUUCCAGCAGAGAUUGUGGUGCAGGUUUGCCCCGCAUAGUUCAAGAGGUCUCUCCUGGGUCCUUGCUAGUUCUGGAUGACGUACCCCCUGCCCCAGAGCCCCCCACGUCCAUAUCUUCAGCUUCACGUAAGGGCUCCAGCACCGCCCCGCAGACAAGCCGGAUGCCAGUCCCCAUGAGUUCUAAGAACAGACCCGGAAGCCUGGAUAAGCCUGGCAAGCAAUCCAAGCUGCAGGAUCCUCGCCAAUACCGGCAGGCUAAUGGAAGUGCUAAGAAAGCUGGUGGGGACUGUAAGCCUACUUCCCCCUCCUUACCUGCUUCUAAGAUUCCAGCCCUUUCUCCCAGCUCUGGGAAAAGCAGUUCUCUACCCUCUGCUAGUGGUGACAGCUCUAACCUCCCCAAUGUGCCUGCUACUAAACCAUCGGUUGCUUCUACCCCUCUCAGCCCCCAAGCAGGACGGUCCUCUCACUCUGCCUCCCUCAUCCCUUCUGUCUCUAAUGGCUCCUUAAAGUUUCAGAGCCCCCCUCACGCAGGUAAAGGCCAUCACCUUUCAUUCGCACCGCAGACUCAAAAUGGCCGAGCUGCUCCUACUUCCUCUUCUUCUUCAUCCCCUCCUUCCCCUGCCUCUCCUACCUCCCUGAAUCAAGGUGCCAGGGGCAUCAGGACCAUCCAUACUCCUAGCCUCACCAGCUACAAAGCACAGAACGGAAGUUCAAGCAAAGCCACCCCAUCCACAGCAAAGGAAAAUUGUUAAAGGCCAGAUCCUAUUAGGUGCAAGGCGGAAUUACAUUCUUGUUUUUAAUUUUUAGCAGUCUGGAACAACUGUUUUCACAAGAGAAUGUACCAUAUUGCUGUACUGUUCAAGGCUUCAUGCAAAGUAUGUGCAAAAUACUGAGUUUAUAGAUUGCAGUAAAGCUUGUUUUUUUUCUACGCUGUUGCUGGUGUAAUUACAUAGUGUUUACUGUUUAGAUUCAAUGCCUAUUAAAUGAAGAAAGCACGUGCUAUAAAAAGAGAGCAUAGCGUGAGAGUGAAGAGAUGCGUGACACAAGCCGACUGGACCGUGCAUGGAAAACAUGUAUGAUUCUGGAAUUUUAGUAUGUUUUGUAUAAAAAUAUUUUUCAUUACGGAGACUAGAGGUAAACAGAGAGAUACACUAGCGUGACUAUAUAAAUUGUAAAGCAUAUAUUAUAAUAUUUUCUUUUAUUUUAGUGUUAUUUAGCUUUAUUACAGAUUUCUAUUUUUGUCAAAACUUCAUGGUUCCUUUCAAGAUCUUUUUGCCAAAACAUUUUGAUACUACAGCAUUGUACAUUUGAAAAUCGUAUGCUAGACUCAGCCAAUGAGCUUCUACAGCCCGUAGAAAGAAAUUCAGCAAAGCUCUUGAUAAUUUGCUAGUCCAAGAAAGCUGCUUUUCCUUUUCUUUGCUUUCUUUUUAUUUUCUUCUUCUUUUUUUUAAAAGACAAAACAUACUAGUAUUCGGUAGCUAUUUUCUUUGCAGUAUCUAACCCUUUUUAUGUUUUCUUAAACCUGGUAACCCACACUAUUGCAUUGUGCAUUUUAAAAUAUACACUUCUGUACACUGCAGAACUUUUGUAAAUAUACAGAUAUAAACAGACAUCAAAAUACUGUGUGUGAUGGCACAUAGAGUAGUAUUCCCACACCAAAGUUAAUUUUUAUGCAUGCUUGGAGAGCCUACACUGGGAUGGGCAGAAGUGGGACCAUCCAUACAUUUUUAAAAAGCAACAAGUUUGCACAGUUAGAGUGGUUUUGUAAAUAACUGUAUUUGUAUAACACAGCCAUGUAUCAUACAGAACUGUAAGCAGAGACUUCAGGGGCUGCAUGCUUAUUAGUUUUUGUACCUUGUCACUAUAACUAACUACUCCUGGUCAAUGAACAUGUAACUAUUGCCACAGAGUUUCUGCUUUGAAGGCAUUCUGAGUAAUGUGUAAGCACACCCACUUCCACAGUGUUGCCUCUCCGAAAGCUCAGGGUAGCUAAGGAUGAGCUCCUAAUAAACUGAUUGACAACGUGCUCGUGUGAACUUAA